AUGGCAUUGAUAACUGAGCAAAGUGAAUCCAUCCAGUUGAAUCCGAUAGCUGGAUUUGUUAUUAAGACUAAAAUUAUAUCCGCUAACGAUACAUUGGCGCAUGCUUUGUCAACCAAAGUUUUUAUUAAUGUCUGUCAUGACACUCAAGUACCAAAGCCAGCGCAGGAUUUUGACCCUUCCGUUAUAUUCCCAUUGAUAAUUGAAAACCAAUGGGAAAUCCCAUUAAUUGUGUCAAGAGAGAAGCAUACUAAAGACAAAAAGGGCCAACCUUCUUUUGUUUAUGAUUGUUGCAUCAACACCUUGUGUUUUCAAUGGUGCCAAGUAAAUAGUGACUUGAGGUCUAUUUUGAUUGAAUGGUGCAUUGAAUCUAUUGAGCUCUUGUUUGAUGUUAUUUUAGAGAGAGAAUAUUCUAUUCCCAAGAUGCUCUCCAAAGGAGAGCUUUCGCAGACAAAUAUUUUGAAGAAUGAACUUGACGAAUCAGGCUUUCAGAAGAAAUUGCAAAGCCUAAAGAAAAACGAAACUUUGGGAUUAAUUGAAGAACUUAAAGAUAGAGAUCAGGACGAUAUGGACCAAGAUGAAGAUAUGGGCCCAUUACCAGAUUUGAUGAACAUCAAUGCAAAGGAUACAGGCAUGAGCUCCAAACCUUUGAUUCAAGAAAUAAGCGAUAUGCAAAUAGAUGUAGAGAAGAAGAAACCCAUAGCACCAAAUAAGGAGUCUAAGACUCAAAGCACUAACAAAAGAGACCUAAUCGCAUCAUCUCCUGCAAUCAAAGAAAAAUUGAAUUACUCGAUCAUUUUCAAAAAAUUAUCUGAGAGGCAUCAGCUACUUGUGAAGUUUGAAUGUACCAAUUUAAAAUCAUCUACCAGUAUUGAACUAUCAUAUCUCUCGAGUUCACACGCAUUGGUCCUAAAUAAUUCAGAUGCUCAGUAUUAUUUUAACAAGUCACUGGCAAAACUGAAAAUGGAUACCUUAGAUAUACCCUUACCUCAAGAUGUAAGUAUAGAGGAGGGGCAUGUUUUCAAUAGUUUCUAUGUUAAACAGGAACACAGCUUAUAUAUAUUUUGUUAG